AUGAGCUCUUACGUAGCCAACUCGUUGUUCAAGCAAACAAGUCAUGAAGCGUCCGCUUUCACUUUGCACAACCAUGGUUACGGUUCCGUGCCCGAGCUCCACGUACCGUCAGGCUACUGUUACGGAGGGCUCGACCAUCAACCUCGAAGUUCCUUCGCGUGCCCAUCCUCCUCUAACUCGCUGCGCGCGGGGGAGAUGAGCUCCGGUCCGCGAGGAAGUCCCGGUAACCAUACAGCACGAGCGGAGCAGUCGACUGACUCACCCAGGGGCCGUCUAAACAGCACCGGUCACAGUUCCCUCAACCUCGGACUUUAUGGUCGCAAAAGUGAGGGGGCAACGGAAGCCAGCGAAAUGCCCACAGGCAAAACGAAAGGUGCCGACGAAACCAAAGUUGGAACUUUGCAAACCGUUCAGCCGGUGGGACAAGCCGGCCACCCAAGUCAAAACCAAGGCAAUGAACCGCCGCCGCAGAUCUAUCCCUGGAUGACUAAACUACAUAUGAGCCACGAACCGGAUGGGAAACGCUCGAGGACGAGUUACACCCGAUAUCAAACUCUGGAGCUGGAAAAAGAAUUCCAUUUCAACCGCUAUCUGACGCGUCGAAGGCGCAUCGAGAUUGCCCAUACCCUAUGUCUGAACGAGCGACAGAUCAAAAUCUGGUUCCAGAAUCGACGAAUGAAGUGGAAGAAGGAUUCCAAGCUCAAACUUAAAGAUCCCUUCUAGUACUCUCUCUAGACGAUUUCCUCAGAAACAAGCUGUUCAGAGGAAUGGCGUCCAGAAACUUUUAAACCAACCCACCGGUGUUUCCAAACUGUGACCUAAAUGUAAAAUGCGAUGUUAUUAGUGUGACAUGUGGAAGUAUUAUUCAACUUACGGUAUGGAUAUGAGUGUAACUCAAUUGUCAUGUUUAUUAUUUAAUAUUGUGAGCAUUUUGUCCUUGUAGGCCCUUGCCUUCACAUAGUAUAAUAAUCGUAGAUUCAGCAAUCUGGCCAGAUUGACAAAACGCCAUCUUAAAAUUAGCUGAAACAAUAUGUCUAAAAUAGGCCUAUAUCAGUUCAAUAACAUUACACAUACACGGCCUAGGAUGUGUCCAUUGCGGAAUUAGGCCAACUUAAUAAGGUAUGUCGAAUGUCAUCGUUUUCUAAAAUAUUUGGACAAUUGGCUGGUCUUGCUUGGUUUUAAGUUUGGCCUCGACUACCAAAUUCCAUCAUGAUGUCUCUCAGUCCUCAUAUAUUCUGGCAUAUGGUCAUUAAGAAAUCAGCAAGUGAAAAGCUUUUGAUCAGGAAUCAUAUUUGGCGCAAAAUACAACAAAAUCAUUCUUGUGUUUAUUUACCUAGGACUAUUGUAUGUAGAUAACAUGUGAUGGUAGACUCAAGAGUUACACCACAUUGCUUCAUUUACUGUGAUCUCUGACCUUCCUUUGUUCUUCUCCUUACAGCCAGUAUUAUGAAUCAUAGCCAUCUUUCUUUUCUACAAUCGUCUUACUUGUAUAUCCAUAUGCGCUAUGGUUUGGUUUUAAUCAUUGAGAUGUAUUCUUUUGGACGAAUGUUCAAUUUCAAUCGGUUACAGAAUAAUAAAAAAAUAAUGCAUGUUGUCUGUCACGAAGACAAACACAACGCAUGUGAUCUUUGAAGGACUUGUUAAUGCCGCCAUUUCUUGACCAAGACGUCUUGAAUUCCUUUAGAUGCUCUCGCUUCAUGCAGUCAGAAAUGAGCCCUUUGGGUGACACUUGCACGUACUUAAAUUCCCUUAAUGGGUCUGAAAAAUGAAGCACAGAUCGCCACUGCACCUUCGGAAUUCUACAAACACAGUAGAAAGAAUAAAUAAAUAAAUAAAUAAAACGGCCUGACCUUUUUCUUUGGGGCAGAAAAGCUCUGUCAUUUAAGACAAAUAUGUCCCCCCUAUAUGUUCAAUCUGUGUGUCAGACUGUUUGUUCAUAUGACAGUUGCUGUGGAGCAGAGCCUGUAUAGUCAUUAAACUCAGUGCCACUCGUUUUCGUUUCCACCUGUCACCUGUCCAAAUGGGUAGUGUCAUUUCCGCCCUUAGCAAACUUUGUCUCACCACAUGGAUUCGAUUACUCACUCAAAAGACAUUGGAUAACACGUUUAUAUAAGUCAGUAAGAGCAGUCUGUCUAUAUAUGUCCUUAUUGGAGCAACACUUGAGUUUCAGGGUGGAAAAUACUUUUUACACUGCUCCCAGCAUCAGUUAGGAGUCCCUCUAGAGCGCUUUUCUGAAUUAAAUUCAUCCCAGGCCUGCGCUGGAAUGUGUAAAGCGCAAACGCCCAUUCAAAACUACACAUGUGACAUUUCUGGGGUCCACUACAAAGGGGUGGUUGACCAUUUUGUGGGACUGUGCCUGUGAAUACGAAAUAAAUAAAAAAAACAA